GUGGUCUAUUUUGGGUUAGUUCUAAAAAAAAAUAUGUUAUAACAAGGCGACACUCAAUUUGAACCCCUCCUCCACAUUUACUGGAUUGGUUGAACAGUGCAGAAGACGAUCUCCUCGAAUGUUUUUUCUUCUCCUCGUCGUCAGUACGUAGUGGAUCUAGUUCCUGCUUCGUUUUAGGUUAGGGAUGAUCAAGCUGCUGCUGCUGCUGCUGCCAGCGAUAACCACACUUUGAGCUCGGGCUCAGACACCACACGGCCAUUUUCGAGUGAGCUUCAUAUAAAAGGUCUCCGGCUGUAUGCUUUCCCCCUGUUAUUGCAUUUUUGGGGGUCAACUUUAAUCAAAAACAGAAGCUUAUAGGAGCAAAGGUCCAUGGCCUUCCUGGGGACAGCAGUGCGGAAGGUGGCUAGCUGCCGUCCAGCCCUCUCCCCGCUGUGCCGCUCUGCCACCACCUCCCGUCGCUACAGCUCCAGUUCAGAGCCCACCACGGAGAAGAGCGUCCCCUAUGAGAACGUACUCAAGGUGGAGGAGGGUGGCAGUGGGCCUACCAAGCCUCUUCCCAAGUCAGCAGAGGCUGUGGUAAUCGGAGGGGGAAGCCUGGGAUGCCAGACAGUCUACCACCUAGCCAAGAUGGGCAUGACCAACGUGGUGCUGCUGGAGAGAGACCGACUGACCGCCGGAACCACCUGGCACACAGCAGGUCUGCUGUGGCAGCUGAGGCCCAGUGAUGUGGAGGUGGAGCUGCUAGCCCACACCAGACAGGUGAUCAGCCAUGACCUGGAGCAGGAGACCGGUCUAGAGACUGGCUGGAUCCAGAACGGAGGCCUCUUCAUCGCGUCCAACAAGCAGAGGCUGGACGAGUACAAACGCCUCAUGUCGUUGGGGAAGGUGUACGGUAUUGAGUCUCACGUCCUGUCCCCCGCUGAGACCAAAGACCUGUACCCACUGAUGAAUGUAGAUGACCUCUAUGGCACGCUGUACGUCCCCAAGGAUGGCACCAUGGACCCCGCUGGCACCUGCACCACCCUGUCCAGGGCAGCCACUGCCCGUGGUGCCACGGUGAUAGAGAACUGUCCAGUGACGGGGAUCCAGGUGAGCACAGACGACAUGGGAGUGAAGAGGGUCAAGGCUGUGGAGACCUUACACGGAACCAUCCAGACCCCCGUGGUCGUAAACUGUGCAGGAGUGUGGGCCGCUAAGCUGGGUGAGAUGGCUGGAGUCAAGGUGCCACUCGUCGCCAUGCACCAUGCCUACGUCGUGACCGAGAGGAUCGAGGGCAUCCAGAACAUGCCCAAUGUGAGGGACCAUGAUGCAUCAGUCUACCUUCGUCUCCAAGGUGACGCCCUCUCCGUGGGGGGUUACGAACAGAACCCGGUCUUCUGGGACAAGGUGUCUGAUAAGUUUGCUUUCAGCCUGUUUGACCUGGACUGGGAUGUGUUCAUGCAGCACAUAGAGGGAGCUAUCAACAGAGUCCCUGCUCUGGAGCAGACUGGCAUCAAAUCCACUGUCUGUGGACCAGAAUCAUUCACAGCGGACCACAAGCCCCUGAUGGGUGAGGCUCCAGAGGUCAGGGGAUUCUUCCUGGGCUGCGGGUUCAACAGUGCAGGUAUGAUGCUGGGAGGAGGCUGUGGCAGGGAGCUAGCCCACUGGAUCAUACAUGGACGUCCUGAGAAGGACAUGUACGGCUAUGACAUCAGGCGGUUCCACCACUCCCUGACAGACAACAAUAAGUGGAUCAGAGAGAGGAGUCAUGAGUCCUACGCUAAGAACUACUCUGUAGUGUUCCCCUUUGAUGAGCCUCUGGCCUCUCGCAACAUGAGGACAGACCCCUUCCACAAGGUUCUGACGGAGCAGGGCUGCGUGUUCCAGGAGAGACAUGGUUGGGAGAGACCAGGAUGGUUCAACCAGGAUGGCGCUGCUCCAGUUCUGGACUAUGAUUGGUACGGGGCUUAUGAUAUUAGCAAGAACCAGAACUACAAAUACAACGAGCUGCUUGGCAAAGAGUACACGUUUGACUACCCUCCACAUCACCACGUGAUAAAAAAUGAGUGUCUGACGUGCAGACAUGGAGUCUCGGUGUUUAACAUGUCCUACUUUGGAAAGUUUUACCUCACCGGGCCAGAUGCUAAGAAGGCUGCCGAUUGGCUAUUCUCUGCAGAUGUCAACAAAAUCCCAGGCUCUACUGUGUACACCUGUAUGCUGAACAAGAGAGGGGGAUCUGAGGCUGAUCUCACAGUCAGCCGGCUCGAGGCUGGCGCUGCCAACCUGCCCCUGGCUCCAGAGGGCAACGGUGAUGCAUACUACCUGGCCAUCGGUGGAGGUGUAGCAGAACACAACUGGAACCACAUCAAGACCGUUCUCCAGGAUGAGGGUCUCAACUGCCAGCUGACUGACUACUCUGAAGACAUGGGAAUGAUCAGCAUCCAGGGGCCCAAGAGUCGAGAGGUGCUACAGGAGAUCCUGGAUACAGACCUGAGUAACGAAGCCUUCCCUUUCUCCACACACAAAGUCUGUAAUGCUGUCGGACACAAGGUGCGUGCCAUGCGUCUGUCCUUCGUGGGCGAGCUGGGCUGGGAACUGCACAUCCCUAAGGACUCCUGCUUGCCCGUCUACCAGGCUGUCAUGGCUGCCGGUGCCAAGCACAGCAUCAUCAACGCCGGAUACAGAGCCAUCGACUCCCUCAGUAUAGAGAAAGGCUACAGACAUUGGCAUGCUGACCUGCGGCCUGACGACACACCUCUGGAGGCGGGACUAGCGUUCACCUGUAAGAUGAAGAGCACCAUUCCCUUCCUGGGUCGGGCCUCUCUGGAGAAACAGAAAGCUGAGGGACUACGUAGACGCAUUGUCUGUUUCACCAUUGACGAGAAAGUCCCGAUGUUCGGCCUGGAAGCAAUCUUCCGGAACGGCGUUCCAGUAGGCCAUCUGCGGCGCUCCGACUACGGGUUCUUUAUUGACAAGCAGAUUGGAUACGGAUACAUCCGCAACCCUGAUGGAGGAGUGGUAAAUGCUGACUUCAUAAAGAGUGGCAAGUUCACUCUGGAGAGGAUGGGUGUGGUGUACGAGGCCAAGCCCCACCUCAAGUCGCCCUUUGACCCCUCAAACAACCGCGUGAAAGGCAUUUACCCCGACAACUACCACAACGUUUACAAGGCCAACGCACAAUAAUGUACAUCGAGGUGUGAUUGGACACACCUGAUGGUCCCUGAUCACCUGUCCCUGAUCUCCCCCAGCAUGUCCCCAUGUUGGAGUCAGACCUGAGUCCAAAUACUUUUGAGCUUUUGUUCUAGCCUACCAGGAGUGCCGGUGGGCAGGGUUUAACAUUUUUCCAUACUUUUCUAUUGGUUCAAUUGCAACAGGCAAGCUUAUUCGAGCACAGCUAAAGUAUUUGAAAGGACAUGAAAUAGUAUUUGAACCAUGUCUGGUUGGAGUAUCAUGUGAGUCUGGCUGGCGUAAAGCUUGAGGAUAGCAGUGUUUUUAAGACCAUAUUAAUGAGGUAUAAUUCCAUGUGAAAAGAGCCCAUGAACCACAGAUUAGAGUCGCAAGUUUGGUAGUCCUGCAGUACCAUACCUCAACACCAUGUUAUUCUCAUGGCUGAAGGCGAAGCUACCAGCUACUUCUGUAAGUCUUAAAAUCAUCUCUGAUUGUCAAGUAGAAAAUAUGAUACAUUUAUUAACAAAUAGUUAAAAGGGUAAAUAUACUGUACUUAACGUGCUUUGCUUUGUUGAACUACUAUAAAAAAAUGUAUAAAUUGGUGACCUGCAAUAUAUUCUUAGUUUCAUUCAUGUUUCUGGUGCUGAUAUUGGUGAGCAUGUUUUAAGAUCCCGUUGGUUCAAUUGCGCUUUUAUUGUGUUCAUAUUAGUGUAUGCUAACUCCAGAGUUGAUACCAAAUGAAAUCUGAUUGCUGAAUUGGACUCUAAUAAUGCAUGAAUACAAUGACUUGUCUGUGAACAAAUGAAGGCUGCUCGCCUGUGAAAUCCUCAAUACACUUUAUUGAUUCAUUUCAAAUACAAUCCAAUGUCAUUUGUUUUAGCGGUGUGUUUUUUUUCUGUUCUUUGUAUACUGAACAUAAUGUUUCAGAUGUUGCAAGGCAUGCUGGGUCAUGUGGUCUUAAUGUUGUCUCACUUCUUCCUGCUUCAAUGCAAUCUUACAUUUUCACAUGAAGAAUCAGGUUAGUGACUUCAACGACCGCUUUAGAAGACAAGAAGGUCUAGUUUCCUGUUAUUUUAGAUCUCAUGUAGAUGCAGUUAUUGGUGUCAAUGAUUGCCAUACAGCUUAAAAUGAUCAACUAUGCCCAUUAAAAUCAAACUUAAUUUCAUAUUUAUCUGAUCUUUCCCACAGAUUCCUUUACGAAUAAAUAUCUGUACUGGA